AUGGCAGAGUCGGAGGAGGAGAUGGAUGUCUUGGUCCAGAGAGUUGUAAAAGAUAUCAAUAAUGCCUUCAAGAGAAAUCCCCACAUUGAUGAGAUAGGUCUGAUCCUGUGUCCUGAGGCCAGGUAUAACCGCAGCCCCAUUGUGCUGGUAGAGAACAAGUUGGGGGUGGAGAGCUGGUGUGUCAAGUUCCUGCUACCCUACGUCCACAACAAACUACUGCUCUACAGGCAGCGCAAACAGUGGCUGGACAGGGAAGCUCUGGUGGACAUCACUUGCACUCUGCUGCUGCUCAACCCAGACUUUACCACCGCUUGGAAUGUCAGGAAGGAGCUGCUGCAAUGCGGAGCCCUAAAUCCAGAGAGAGACCUGUACCUGGGAAAACUGGCCCUCACCAAGUUCCCCAAGAGCCCCGAGACAUGGAUACACAGGCGCUGGGUACUACAGCAGGUUCUACGGGAGUGUUCUCCCCCCAGCCCGGACAGGAAGGAGCAGGAGGACGGUGAUCUGCGUGACGCAGCAGAGAGGACGCGGAUUAGUGAGCGCCUCCACAGGGUUCUACACGACGAGAUGAAGGUAUGCGCCGAUGCUGCUGGCCGCUACCCUAGCAACUACAACGCCUGGUCGCACCGUAUCUGGGUCCUGCAGAACAUGGCCCAGGGCAACCUGAAGGUCCUCCAUGAUGAGCUGUCCUCCAUGCGUCAGUGGGUCUCCAUGCACGUGUCGGACCACAGUGGCUUCCACUACCGCCAGUUCCUGCUCAAGGCCCUGGUCAGGGGAGCUCAGCCACCCACCCCCAGCACCAGGCUAACGGAGAGGCCACAGCAGCAGCCCCCUGCCCCUCUCCCGCCACCAGAUGACCAGUCCUCGGUGCCGGCCGUGCCCCAACUCUUCCACCAGGAGAUGGAACUGUGUACUGACCUCAUCCAGUCCUUCCCCGGACACGAGACGCUCUGGUGUCACAGGCGACACGUCUUCUACCUCUGGCACCACUGGAGACGGGACCACGACCACCACAAUGGCCAGGGCUGUGGCAGGGAGUCUCCCCAGCUGAACCACACCGACGCUGGACUGAGCAGCCACCCUCACACAGCCUCCCCUAGAGGAGUGGGUCUAGACAGGGUGGAGAGCAGGAACGGACAGGCUCAGGAGGGUCAGGAUGCCAUGGAGGUGGACGGGGUCGGGGUCCAGGACCCCCGCGACACCAAGCGUCUGAAGAGGGGUCCCCCUGGCCCCUGCCCCCCCGCCCUGCCCUCAGAGCACGUUUUCGUAGCCAGCGUCCUGGAAGACUGCCGCUCCCCCGAGCAGGGAUGCUUCGCCCUUGCAUACAGGAAGUGGCUAGACUCUGUGAUUGGUCAGUGAGAGAUUGACUGACAAGAUCAUUGGUCAGUGAGAGGAGACACUUCCUACACCACUGGAGAUGGGUUACAGUUUAAAGUUGCCCACUGGCACAGAUCUAGGAUCAGCUUACUCUCACCCAACCCCUAACCUUAACCAUUAGGGCAAGAACUGCAAAAUACUGUCCCUAGAUCAGUGUCUAGUGGCUGGUAACAUUAUGCUAGUCUUGAAGGCUUGGGAAGGGGGCUGGGGGAUCUCUGAUAGGUCAAGUUGUUUGUGGC